AAGUUUUUUUAUUGGUUUUCUCCACUGCAGGUCUGAAGUCGAGCCUAACUCAGAUUUGACCAGUGGAAAAACCUCUGGGCGAGGCUCCCACAGAAGAGGCAAGAGCCAGGAAAGAAAGAGGCAAGUUGGUUUGUAUUCAGGAAUGGAGGAGGAAUGUCCAAGAAGCGCACGACAUUCGCCUUCGCCUGAUCGGUCGUCUUCCCAGCCCGCCAAGCGGAAAGCUACACACCGACCAGCGACAAAAGAGCCAGCCAAGAAGCUGGUAAAGACUGAGGUACAGACGAACUCCAUUCUUCCCAAGAGAGGAGCAGGAAGACUUCGCAAGGACUCUGCUUCUUCUACUGUCAGCAGUAGGAGUUUCACAAGCACCAGUACCAGCGAGAGUUCCCUCCGACAGGGAAGCAGUAAUAAAGAGAGAAGACCGAGCACUUCGUCUUCCGCAAGCAGUGAAACUUCGUUGGUCCCAGGAACAAACAAGAGAGUUAGAAAACUCAGCGGAGGUACAUCUGCGAAAAAGAAGAAGGAAAUCACCCAUAUUUCUGGCCAAUCCUCUAGAGGUUAUGGUCUUAGGUCCCAUCCUGACGUAAAAUCAGGAUCCAAGCCUAAGACAUUAUCAAGUAAGCUAAACUCUGAGAAGUUUUCAAAAGAAGAAGGAGCCAGUGGUACAAGUUCUUCUAGUGCAUUGCCAUUGUUGUCAGGACUGCCACCUACGGGAAAGUCCAAGUCGAGAAAGUUCUCGGAUUCCAAGAACCACAGUAAGAAUUUGGGGAAGAACUCCUCCCGACAAUCUUCAAGCAAAACAAAAGAAUCAUCAAAAAGCAAAGUGGGGAAGGCAACAUCUAAAAGUAGUUCCUCCGCGACUGGGGGAGAAAGCUCUGCGAAGUCCGGGAGGCCUGACAAGGGAUCGGACAACCGAGACUCUCGUAAGAGAGAAGAACUCUUCAAUUCCAGAACUUCCGGUGGGGGGAGGAGAAGGGACUCCGACGAAGGGAGUCCAAACUUUAACAAUCUCAAUCCCACAGUUAGUUUAUCCAGAUCCAGACUAAGAUCAGGAGGAAAAGAAGGAGAGCCCGACCACCCUGGUCCUUCAGGGUUAGCGGAGCCUAAGUCAGACAAGGGGAAAGGUAAAGGGAAGGGGAAGCGUCGUGACAAGAUCCCGCCCGAGCCCGAGAGCUUGCGGCGGAGCGCGAGAAACAGAACAACGGGAUCCUGUGCAAGCAGCAGUAGAAGGGGCUCGGGGCCGAGCAAGCGCAGUACAGCGGGGGCAGGAUUGGAGGAAAACAUGAAUAACCCAAAUGCAACUCAGGAUGGGACAGCCAACAACACUGGUACAGCCAGGGCGUCAGAAGAAGCAACACAAGGAGCUAUCGGAGGAGCAGGAGCGGGAGCCGUGGGGGGCGCCAGCGCCCUGGCCACCUCCGGAGGGGAGAGCGAAUCGGAUGACUCGGAGAUGGGACGUCUCCAAGCCCUACUAGAAGCCCGCGGUCUGCCCCCGCACUUGUUCGGAGCCCUGGGCCCCAGGAUGCACCAGCUCCUCCACCGCACCAUGGGAGGGGGAGCCUCCAGCAAGGCACACACACUCCUGCAGGGACUGCAGAGUGCUGAUGAGAGUCAACAGCUGCAGGCUGUGAUCGAGAUGUGCCAGCUGCUGGUGAUGGGGAAUGAGGAGACUCUGGGAGGAUUCCCUGUCAAGUCUGUGGUGCCAGCCCUGAUAACCCUGCUCCAGAUGGAGCACAACUUUGACAUGAUGAACCAUGCCUGCCGGGCCUUGACAUAUAUGAUGGAGGCCCUGCCGAGGUCAUCCACUGUGGUGCUGGAGGCAGUGCCUGUAUUCUUGGAAAAGCUACAGGUGAUCCAGUGCAUGGAUGUGGCAGAGCAGUCCCUGACAGCGCUGGAGAUGCUCUCCAGGAGACACAGUAAGGCCAUUCUACAAGCAGGAGGCCUUGCAGCUUGCCUCCUGUAUCUGGAGUUCUUCUCCAUCAAUGCCCAGCGUACUGCCCUGGCCAUUGCUGCCAACUGUUGUCAGACCAUCACUCCAGAGGAGUUCCACAUGGUGCAGGGGUCCCUGCCCCUCCUGUCAUCAAGGCUUCAACAUCAGGACAAGAAGUCAGUGGAGAGUGUCUGCCUUGCGUUUGCCCGACUUGUGGACAACUUCCAACAUGAUGCCAAACUGCUGAAGGAGCUGACAGGCCAUGGGUUACUCACCAACAUACAACAACUCCUAGUGGUGUCUCCUCCGAUCAUCAGCACAGGCACGUUUAUCAUGGUUAUCCGUAUGCUGUCCCUGAUGUGUGCCUCCUGUCCUGAGCUGGCCGUGCAGCUUCUGAAGCAGAAUAUCACGGACACGCUCAGAUACCUGCUCGUCGGCCCGUCAGAGCCCCAGGCCAGUAACGAAGAGUUUGAACUACUCCCGAGAACGCCACAAGAGCUGUAUGAGAUCACAUCCCUAAUAGCAGAGCUGAUGCCAAAGCUGCCGUCUGAUGGCAUUUUCUCGGUGGACGCCAUGCUGAGAAAGAACAACAACACCAGUACAGACGAGGCCAUCUGGCAGUGGCGGGACGACCGCGGUGUGUGGCACCCCUACACACGCAUCGACAACAGAAUCGUAGAGGCUGCACACCAGUGUGGUGAAGACGAGAUUAGCUUGUCUACCAUGGGAAGAACCUACACCAUCGACUUCAACUCCAUGCAGCAGAUUAAUGAGGACACAGGCACAGCCAGGCCUGUACAGAGGAGACCAAACCAGGGAGGGACCAACUCUUCAGUGUCCCCAGAUGAAGUGAAAGAAGAUGCCCGUGCUGCUGUGUUGAAGGAAGACAAAGAGUUGGCCUCCGCGUUCAUCCGUAGUCUGUUCGGGGUGCUGUAUGAAGUGUACAGCUCCUCUGCAGGACCGUCCAUUAAACACAAGUCCCUCCGAGCCAUACAGAGGGUGGUGUACUAUGCUGAUGCUGAGCUCCUCAAGGAAGUCCUGAAGUCUUAUGCUGUAUCAAGCCAUAUUGCGGGGAUGCUGUCGUCCCAGGACCUGAAGGUAGUGGUGGGGGCUCUUCAGAUGGCAGAGAUCCUCAUGCAGAAACUUCCUGAUAUAUUCAGUGUCUUCUUCAGGAGAGAAGGUGUGAUGCACCAGGUGAAGAAGUUGACUAAGAUAGACACGUCAGUUACCCCAGCGAGCUCCCCAAUGAAGGAGUCUGCACCAGGGCCUUCCCAAGAACAUGAACCAGAGGAUAUCUAUGCUCCACCCAAAGGGAGACUAAGUGAUGCCAUGAAGAGAAAGUCAGGUCCCAUCCCUAAGACAAGAAGCGCCAGAAGAAGAUAUUCUCCUUUCUGCGAGGAGCCUUCCAGCCCAGUGGCUGAAGCUCUGGAUGUCUUCACACGAUCGUCAGGAGCCAAAGGGUUCGGGAAAGGCACUGGAACUUCAUUAACUGGUGGCACGUCCCCCAAGCCAUCCUUCCUGGCCAGCCUGAACCCGUCCCGCUGGGGGCGUGGCAGCACUGGUAGUACCAGCAGUGGAGCAUCAGGCUCACCCACAGACAAGAAUGCACCAAAGGAUGGUUCCAGUCUCGGUCUUCCCCGUUCUUCCAGUAACCAAGGUCUGGCUUCAAACAAGGAGAAGAUUAAACAGUGGAUUAAGGACAGAGCCACCAAGUUUGAGAAGGAUUACUUCAGCCACGAGACCCAGGGGAUUAGCCACCCGGCUCUGGAUGUGCUGAGAAGACUGUGUGACGCAGUGGAGAAGUUAGCCCUAGAGAAGGACAGAGGUAUUGACUGCCUGGUGGACAUCAGCAGGAUUGUGACAGAUUCUGACGUCUCACCGUUUGAGAUCCAGCACAGCGGGCUGGUGAAGUCCCUCCUGGCGUACCUCACCAGUCAGAGCGAGAACGACGCCGUGACUCGCAUCGUCAGACUCAAGAGGUUCCUGCACGUUUUCCUGGACUGCCCCGCUCCAGAUGGCACCAUGGUUGUGAAGAGUGCAGACCCGAGUAACCAGCCAGCGUUGUUCCCUCUGGUCGCCAAGCUGAACGGCUGUAUUAACCAGCUGGAACAGUUCCCUGUCAAAGUGCAUGACUUACCAGGGGGAGGGGCUGCCACUGGAAGGGGUUCGCAGGCACUGAAAUUCUUCAACACACACCAACUGAAGUGUCAGCUCCAGAGGCACCCCGACUGUAAGAACGUUAAACAAUGGAAGGGUGGUCCGGUCAAGAUCGACCCCCUGGCACUGGUACAGGCUAUCGAGAGAUACUUGGUUGUCCGCGGUUACGGGAGAAUACGAGACAGCGAGGAUGAAGACAGCGACGAAGAUGCCUCCGACGACGACGUUGAUGAAUCUUUGGCAAGUGUUUCAACCAUGGCCACGUUCUCUGGGCCGAAUGUGCGGCACAGACUGCAGUUCUUCCUGAGUGACCACCUGCUUCCCUACAACAUGACUGUGUACCAGGCGAUCCGCCAGUACGGACAGACAGCCGAGGAGGACAGGGAGACAGACGACGAGUCCAACCCCCUGGGGAGAGCUGGGAUCUGGAUCAAGACGCACACCAUAUGGUACAAACCAGUCCCCUUCGAUGAGGACAGUAAGACAGAACUAGUGGCGGCUGCCUCAGCUACCAAGAAGGGGAAGGGGACAUCCCCCAACAAGGGGCCGGCCAAGGCAGCAGCUAGGAAACAUGAUGAAUUGUGGAACGAGGGAGUAUGUCCAGGUCCGUUAUCACCCCUGAAACCCCUGCUGGUGCCAACCCUCCCUGGGAACGUACGCAUCGACGACCCGUCCCUAGAGGUCAUCUGUUUAAUGAGGGUGAUCCACGCUCUCAACAGAUAUUGGUACACAUUAUUUGAGAAUGCGCCCACGAAGCCCAUCCUGCCCCCAUCUGACUUCAUCAACAGUAAACUCACAGCAAAGGCCACAAGGCAACUCCAGGACCCCCUAGUCAUAAUGACUGGCAACCUUCCGCCCUGGUUGGUGGAGAUAGGCAAAGCCUGCCCUUUCUUACUCCCAUUCGACACGCGGCAGACCCUUUUCUACAUGACGUCGUUUGACCGAGACCGUGCUAUGCAGAAGCUGCAGGACAGCUCUCCCGAGGUCACCAGUACGGACUCCACAGAUAGCAGAGUGGCACCAAGACUAGAUAGGAGAAAGAGAACAGUUUCUAGAGAAGACUUGUUGAAGCAGGCUGAGUCAGUCAUGAAUGACCUUGGCAACUCCAGGGCCAUGUUGGAGAUACAGUAUGAAAAUGAGGUUGGUACAGGGUUGGGGCCGACCCUGGAGUUCUAUGCACUGGUGUCCAGGGAGGUGCAGAGAGCCGAUCUGGACCUGUGGAGAGGAGAGGCUGUGCCACUCCCAGACUCUAAAGGAAACCAAGAUGGAACUUUGUAUGUGCAUUCCUCAUUGGGACUCUUCCCACAGCCCUAUGGCAGAACAGCCAAGCUUGGUCACGUGACCAAGGCCAAGAUCAAGUUUAGAUUCAUAGGGAAGUUCAUGGCCAAGGCCUUGAUGGACUCCAGAAUGGUUGACUUCCCACUGAGUCUGCCCUUCUACAAGUGGGUGCUAGGGCAGGAGGCAUCCCUUUCUGUCACAGAUAUACAGUAUCUGGACCCUGUCGUUGCCAAGUCUGUGUCCCAGCUGGUGGAUGUGCUGAGACAAAAGUCUCGUCUCCAAGAGGACAAAGCACAUACUGCACAGAGCCUGCAGUUGGCCCUGGAAAGCCUGACAUUAGAUGGGUGUAGAAUAGAGGACCUGGAUCUGGACUUCACGUUACCCGGGCACCCAAACAUAGAGCUGAAGAAGGGAGGCAAGGACAUCCCAGUCACUAUACAUAACCUGGAGGAGUAUGUCAAGCUUGUAAUUCACUGGACGUUAAUAGAGGGCGUUUCAAGACAGUUUGAGUCGUUCAGAGAGGGGUUCGAGUCUGUCUUCCCUAUGUCACACCUGCAAUACUUUUAUCCUGAAGAGCUUGAUCAGCUGUUCUGUGGCAACAAGACUGAGCCGUGGGACAUAAAGAUGCUGAUGGAGACGUGCAGACCUGACCACGGCUACUCCCACGACAGCCGCUCCGUCAAACACCUGUUUGAGAUCAUGAGCAACUUCGACAACGAUGAGCAGAGAGAGUUCCUGCUGUUUGUCACAGGGAGCCCCAGACUCCCAGUCGGAGGAUACCGUGCCCUGAACCCUCCUCUCACCAUCGUACGCAAGGCCGUGGAAGCGCCUGAGAACCCUGACGACUUCCUCCCAUCCGUCAUGACCUGCGUAAAUUACCUGAAGCUUCCAGACUACACCUCCAUAGAGGUCAUGGCCAACAAGCUCCGAACAGCGAUGAAAGAAGGACAACACUCCUUCCACCUCUCAUAGUACUUGCUGAAGUAACACAUCCCUUUUUUUAUCAUUUGUCAGAACACAGUAAAAACCACCACAGCCCCAAAACUGAGCAGCACAAUCGGUGUUACAGACGAAUCGUUAACAAGUGCAUUCCAAGGGCAAUUGUGGCUUGGUAUCUGAAAGAGCUAUUCUUAGAAGGCACAUGAAGUCCACAAGGGGCAAAGGACUAACAGACUAUGGAAAUGUUCAUUCAUUGUCAUGUUUUCAAGGAAUAUGAUUCCAUUGUAAGAAUUGUACAUUGAGAUACAAAUCCAUCAUAUUUUAACCCUCCAGACAAAAUAACUUUCAGGUCUGAAGUACCAGAACACAGAUAAUACAUCUAGAACUCCAGGCUUAAAGCUCCAGAUACAAUGUAAGCAUAGUACAAAAUUCUACACAAGGCUCAAAACAACUGACAGCUUUGUAUGUUAUGUAUAGCUUACAGUUGAUUGCAUUGAACUAUAUGAACAAGCUUCUAUCCCCCCCCCCUCCAUUUCUGCCACACUGUAAGUUUCCCUUAUGUUUUCCACAAUUGUCACUGAUGUAUAGAUUCAUAUUUCUUUUAACACUUUCUUACAUAUUCGAUGACACUUACAAUGACACUUAAAAUGUUUUUAGCUUGCGAAUCAAGAGCUUUGGCAAUCCUGGCACUAGAAUGUUUCUCUUCUAAUUACAAAGAUGUCUAUUUUCUAUUCCUCACAAAAUGUUUGGCGAGUUACAUGUCCUUUCAACAUCUAUCCAUCUGUGACUUCCUAGUGACUUUAAAGUAAACUAUGAUUACAGAAACCAACAUUGGAGCCAAUGUCAGCAUUGGAGAGUACAAAAUCAUUGCACUUCUUACACUGUAUUUCAUGUUGAACUACAAAUAUCACCAAAACCUCUAGUGUUCACAAAGUCUCUAAUCAAUGUAAUAACCUACCAAGUCGUGUAAGAUAGCACAGACCUCUGGAAAUGUGCCAUAAAGUCUUACAUAGUACGAGGCAUGUAUAUAACUCCAGAACACCACCAUUUCAUAUGUCACUACCAUGUUAUAACCUGCUGUAAGUGACACGAUGAGGUUUUUGACUUAGACACAACUCAGAUACUCUUAGAGUACCAUAUUUUCACCAGAAAGGACUGUCAAGACCUUAUAGAAAAAUGGGUCACCAGCAUCUAAUUGGCUGUGACAUAUUAUCAGAUGGGGGGAAGAAAUAUAUGCCAACAGAACAAUUGUGGAAAACAUUGUAUACUAGUACUAUUUUUACAGAACAGAUUUGUAAUGUAGCCCCUCUCGUCUACUCUCCAAUCAGAAUUUAGACUCUGCCUUUUUUUGGACGUUUGCUUGUUUUCGGAAUUUUUAUCAAGCUUUCCACUUUGCCAAACUGGCUCGCAGACCAAAAGAAAACGUGACAAAAUGGAAAUCUUGACAAAAACGUCUAUGAAGACUUCCAAAAGAAGCCAAAGCCUAACCUUUGCUUUGAGAGUACCUAUUGCCACUACCACCACUGAUAUGUACUUGACCAUGUACUUCUUUCCUUGUAACUAUAACCAAAAAUACAAGCCCCAAGUCCUGUGUAUUUUCUGUUCAACAGCAUGCAUUUCAUAUGUUCCUGUUAAUAGGAGUCUCCUGUUGCAUUUUUUCCAUGUCUGUGUGCUUUUAUGUACAGGCAGCUGUAAGCUUAUGUACAGAUUCUAGGCUUUGUGCCUUGAUACAGCAUACUAUGGAAGAAAAAAAUAGUUGCCAAGGCUUCAGACCAUUGCUGGACAAAUAAGAACAUACAUUUCUUGGUAACAGUACAUGAUAAACAAGUAUUCUCUUCCUUUUUGUUGUUCACUUUUUAUGUUUUGGACGUAUCUCCUACUGUCUUAAUGCUGGGUAUUUUCUUGGAAACCAACGACAGCAAUAACAGUAUGUGCAAACUGAAUGAAAAAUUGACAAAAGUUGGUAAAUGCUGCCAGCAUUGCAAAAGCUGUAAUAUAUUUAUUUCCUCUUGUCAUGAAGCUAAGCGAGAAUUUUCAAGAAGAACAUUGAAGGAUAAGUCUUUUCACUUGUUACUAUUCUGUGUAGAGUUGAGUUAGUUCCAGGUAUGAAUUUGUUCAUUUUUGUCUUGUCAGAUUUAGUGUAGUUUUGCCAUUUCAUUUGUUAAGAUGAUGUAGAAUUGUAUAUGGAGAUUGAUGUACUCCAUUCUGGACAUUUUCAACUCAAAGUGGAAUUAAACUUUAUUUGCAAAAUGUCCGCAAAACAUA